AUGCGUUCUGUCGCGAUCCUCUCGGCCGUUAUGGCCGUCGGCACUGCCGUGGUCUCCGGUGCCACGACUUGUACCAAGGAUAUUAUCGUGUCCGAGCCUACCCCAGUCAUUGACUGCGACGUCGUCGACGCCGAUAUUAACGUUGACGAGAAGCUCGCUGGUAGUCUGAGCAUCGAGGGCCCGAAGCAGAUCAAGGGUAACUUCAAUGUUACUGGUGCCACCAAGCUCAUCGGCAUUUCCAGCAGCUCCAUCAGCUCGAUUAGCGGAAUUAUGAACCUCGAGGGCCUCACGCUACUGAGCUCUUUGAACAUGCAGUCGCUCAAGAAUGUCAACGACCUUCGCCUCAUCGGCCUCCCGCAGCUCAACGGCCUCACCUUCGGCACUUCUGGUGUCACCAAGGCGGCCAACAUCAAGGUCACCGACACCUUCAUUAGCGACCUUAGCGGCCUCAACAUCGCCACCGCUGAUGUCAUCGACAUCUCCAACAAUGGCAAGCUCACCACGUUCAACUCUGACCUGGUCAACGUCACCAAGUCGCUCAAGCUCGUCGAUAACGGCAACACUAUGCGGGUUAACAUGUCCCGCCUGAUGAAAGCCUGCGAGAUCGAGUUCCGCCAGGUCAAGAGCUUCGAUGCCCCCUCGCUUCAAGAGGUCUGCUCUAUCAAGUUCAAUGACAGCCCUGAGCUUCUGACGGUUUCCGCCAACAACCUCACCGACAUUUCCGCCAGUCUCACCUUCAUCAACAACAAGAAGCUGGCCAAUGUUUCCUUCGAGGCCCUCGGGACCAUCAAGGGCGACAUGACCAUUGUCAACAACACGGCCCUCAAGGCGAUUGAUGGCUUCCCCAACCUGACGAAUGUUGGCAACAUCCUGGUUGGCGGCAACUUCGAGGCGGUCAAGCUUCCCAAGCUCAAGGACGUCAAGGGCAGUGUUACUGUCACGUCGACGACCGACAUCUCGUCUUUCUGCAAGUUCUUUGACGACGCAAAGGCAAGCAGCAACAUUCGUGGCAAGGAAUCCUGCAAGAGCAACAACAAGAACGCCAACUCUGGUGAUAGCACUGGUGGAGACUCCGCGGGUGGCAACAAGACCAAGGAGGAUGCUGCUGGUGUCAUCAGCGUCAACACAGCAAUGCUUGGCCUGGUUGGCUUUGCCGGCAUCGCACAAUUGCUGUAA